GUGAUAACUUUGAAAAAAAAAAAUUCUCCAACUUUUGAUUUGGGUUGAAGACGACAAGAGUUGAACUUGUACCUGGGGACAAGCUUGUCUUCACUCUCACGCUCAACUUUUUUGUGUUCCAUAGAAUCUAUAAAUCUCCCACUCUCUCUUUCUCCUCCUCAAACACAAAAACAAAACAAAACAUAGUUUAAAAAUGGAGAAGAAGAGUCUUAAACCGGGUCGGGUCGUUGAAAAACCCACAAACCCGAUGGUGACACCACUCCUCAACGAUCUUUACCAAUUCACUAUGGCUUAUGCUUACUGGAAAGCCGGCAAACAAUCCGAACGCUCCGUGUUUGAUUUGUAUUUUCGCAAAAACCCAUUUGGUGGAGAGUACACAAUCUUCGCUGGGUUAGAAGAAUGCAUCAAGUUUUUAGCUAAUUUCAAGUUAACUGAUGAAGAGAUUGAUUUUGUUCGUGACUCGUUACCUGGCUGUGAGGAAGCUUUUUGUGAUUAUCUUCGUGGGCUUGAUUGUUCCGACAUUGAAGUGUAUGCUGUGUCUGAAGGUUCUGUUGUGUUUCCUAAAGUGCCUUUGCUUAGGAUUGAAGGUCCUGUUGCUGUUGUGCAAUUGUUGGAGACUCCGUUUCUUAAUCUUAUCAAUUAUGCGUCUUUGGUUGCUACUAAUGCUGCAAGGCAUCGGUUUGUUGCUGGCAAAUCUAAGCUUCUGCUUGAGUUUGGUGCUAGAAGAGCUCAGGGACCUGAUGGUGCAAUAAGUGCAUCAAAGUAUUGCUACCUUGGAGGUUUUGAUGCAACAAGCAAUGUUGCAGCGGGGAAAUUAUUUGGAAUACCUCUCCGUGGUACACAUUCCCAUGCUUUUGUUAGCUCAUUCAUGAGCCUUGAUGAGAUUGUGGACAAAGCUCUUCGAAGUUCUGAUGGGAAAACCACGUGUGAAGAUUUUGUCAAUCUAGUCCAAACAUGCCUAGCCAAGAUUCAGAACUCAUCUUCAGUGUCUGGGAUCUUUUCUGAGACAAACAAAAGCGAGCUUGCAGCUUUCACAUCCUAUGCACUGGCUUUCCCCAGCGCCUUUCUUGCUCUUGUGGAUACUUAUGAUGUGAUGAAGAGUGGCAUUCCUAACUUCUGUGCAGUUGCUUUAGCACUUAAUGAACUGGGAUACAAAGCAGUAGGUAUCAGAUUGGAUUCAGGUGACUUAGCUUACCUCUCUACUGAAGCAAGAAAGUUCUUUUGUGGCAUAGAGAGAGAGCUUAAUGUGCCUGACUUUGGGAAGAUGAUUAUUACCGCUAGUAAUGAUCUAAAUGAAGAGACAGUUGAUGCUCUAAACAAACAGGGUCAUGAGGUAGAUGCCUUUGGAAUUGGAACCAACUUAGUCACUUGCUAUUCACAAGCUGCUUUAGGUUGUGUUUUCAAACUUGUGGAGAUCAAUGGCCAGCCUCGGAUCAAACUUUCUGAAGAUGUUACUAAGGUAUCUAUACCAUGUAAGAAGCGUACUUACAGAUUAUUUGGUAAAGAGGGUUACCCUCUAGUUGAUAUUAUGACAGGAGAAAACGAACCACCACCAAAGGUUGGUGAAAGGUUACUUUGCCGUCAUCCAUUCAAUGAAUCAAAAAGAGCUUAUGUGGUGCCACAACGUGUGGAAGAGCUUCUUAAAUGUUAUUGGCGUGGAAAUGCAGAUGAAGCUAGGGAAGAGCUGGAGCCAUUGAAAGAGAUAAGAAACCGUUGCAUUAAACAGCUUGAGAACAUGAGACCUGAUCAUAUGAGGAGAUUAAACCCUACUCCUUAUAAGGUUAGUGUGAGCGCCAAGUUGUAUGACUUCAUCCACUUCCUCUGGCUCAACGAAGCUCCUGUUGGUGAACUGCAUUGAGAUUUUUACAAACAUAGUUUUGUAUGCUUCUGUCUUUCUUAUAAUAAAAUUUAAGAUAUAAACCAUAGUAUCAGCUUUUGCCACUUUGUGAGUUCUUGAUCUCACUCUUUACAACAUUAUCUAUAAAAAAAAACUUGUAUUCACCAACAUUCCUCAGAAUAAGAUUCAGAAGAUUCUAUCUAUUUUCUUUUCUUAAGUUUGUCAAGUUAAUGCAACUAGUCCUUACCAUCUGUUCACCAACAUGUUAACUUCAAAGGAAGUCCACCUACAAGUCUUGUAACUUAACAAGCUAGCUUCAUGAAACCAUCCUUAGGGUUCUUUUGACCAGAACCAUAGAUGCAAAAGAUUUGAUAUGGAAAAUCCAUGUAUAUAUGGCUUAUCUCUUUUACUUCUAAAUUUUUAGAUCUAGUGUUGUGAUGAUAUCCAACUCGGAAGACUUUUCUGACUUUUAGAAAGCUUAUCACUUAGGAAAAUCCACUAUGUAUACAUAUGGUUGACAUCCCUUUUGCAUCUAAAUUUUUUAGAACUAGUCUUGUGAUGAUAAUCCGACUUUGAAAACCAAAUCAGCAAAUUUCUUUCCUUAUGACUACUAAUUGUACUAACUAAUCAACAUCAUCAAGUAUGACUAGACCUUUCAAACUUGUUGGUUUAGUUAUAGGAGUCGGAUUAUCAUCACAACACAAGAUCAAAAAAAUUUGAAAAGCAAAUGGGAUCAACCAUAUAUACAAAGUGAAUUUUCCUAUGCUCCUGAACUCCUUGAGAACGUAGCUGAGAAAGUCUUUGUAGACAUCUGCCCCCUGGAAGCUUGGGGAAGCCAUUAUUUUGUUUUCUAGAUGGGAUCUGGAUUUUUAUUUUGUAGAAAAAAAACAAGAAAAGAGUGUACCCCGAAACCGUGAGGAAGUUUAUUGCCGCAACAACAACAUUAGUAAGGGCAAUCCAUUAGAAUAAUGAAGAGAGGACCAAGAUAGCAAAGGCUUUUUAGAGAGGAUGAAGUAGUAACAAUGAGUCUUUG